AUGGCCUCUGGUCUGGAUUUUGGGACCAAGGAGGCGGCAAAUCACUUGAGACUUGUCAAGGCCAAUAAGGGCAGAGCUUCCAAGGCUUCGAAGACUCAUCUGGAUGAAGAGCUAUCGUCUGCUCCUCUUUUCUCCUUGCUCACCUGUGUUGUUUUGAAUCGCCAGUGCAGCAAGGACGGCGACAGUGAUGAGGAAGAACAAGUCUAUCCGCAGUAUGGGCUGCUUGGGCUACGUCUUCAAGACCCUCCCAUGACCUCCAGUCAAGAUCACCUCAUCUAUUCCAACGUCUCGGCCCCAUGGUCUGCCUUCAUCUGUGGCAGCCAGGGCAGUGGAAAAAGCCACACGCUUUCUUGUCUCCUGGAAAACUCGCUGAUUUCUUCCUCUCCCGCAAACCAGCUGACCUCGCCUCUUGCGGGCCUUGUGCUUCACUAUGACAAGUUUACUGCGUUCUCGAGCACUCAGCUGUGCGAGGCAGCAUAUCUAUGUUCCUCGAAGAUUCCAGUUCGCAUCCUGGUUUCUCCCACCAAUUACCGUGCAAUGGAGAAUGCGUACACCCAUCUCCCAGCCCUGCGCGGCACUUCGCAUCUGCUUAAGGUGGAGCCCCUGUACCUUCCACAGAGGGAUCUCAACAUCAGCAUGAUGAAGACUUUGAUGGGGAUCAACAACAAAAGGGAGCAACCGUUGUACGUCGAGGUCGUCAUGAAAAUCCUCCGGGAAAUGGCCAUCGCCAACCAGGGCCAGAACAAGUUCAACUAUGCCGCAUUCAAACGUCGAUUGUUGGAUGAAACCUUUGUGAGGGGUCAGGAGGCUCCACUUAGAAUGCGCCUCGAGGUCUUGGAGUCCUUUUUCGAGCCUGGAACCGUGCCCGGAUCGACACCCAAGAAGACGAAGCAUGUACAAAAUGGCUGGGAGUUUGGAAAGGGGACUCUGACUAUCAUCGACUUGAGUUGCCCAUUUGUUGGCCCCGACGAUGCUUGCGCACUGUUUAACAUCUGCAUUUCGCUGUUCUUGAAGGGACGUGAGCAGGCGGGCCGCAUUCUUGCUCUUGACGAGGCCCACGGGUUCCUCACUUCGACCACUCCCGAGGCCGUGGACCUGACGGAGACUUUGCUCUCUGUUGUGCGGCAGCAGCGUCACUUGGGUACUCGUGUGGUCAUCGCCACCCAGGAGCCGACUGUGUCCCCGAGUUUGCUUGAUCUAUGCAAUGUGACCGUCAUUCAUCGCUUCACGUCGCCCGCCUGGUUCAAGGCCCUUGAAGCACGCAUCGCGGGUGCCACUAUUGACGCUUCGGGCUCGAAGACAGCCGCCGCGUCCGCUCUCUUCAACAGAAUUGUGCGCCUGGGGACCGGUGAGGCACUGCUUUUCUGUGCCAGUGCUUUUCUAGACACCGCGAAAAAGGUAGAAGUGGACCAAGAUGGAGAUUCCUCGACUGCCUCGACCCCAAGCUCAGAUGCCUCGCUUGAUGAUGACCAGUUUGAUGCCGAGCAGCACCAAGUUGUUCAACUCGGCACUGGCCAUAUUCGCAUUCGGAUUCGCCAGAGGGUCACUGCGGAUGGAGGCCGAAGCAUCAUCGAACGGUGA